CCACCUACAACCUACCCACCAAACCCACGUCUACGCAUGCACACACGCACACGCCUGUAUUUGAUCUUGUCUUUUAACACCUCUUAACACGGCAAACCUCGAAGCUUCCUCCAUUAUUACUUAUCCUCUCUACACAAAGGUCGUUGUUACCAAAGGCGUACGAGAUCACGCGCAUCCAUCGUCACAACGUAUCGUUUAACCCUGCUGACGGUCGCGGUCACCGUCGCCCGCGCGUCAUAGACCAUGGCUUCUGCCGGCACUACGUCGCCGUCAAAACCACAACAGCAUCAAAACCAGCAGCAAAUGAGUCCGCCGCAGCAGCAUCCGUCUCCUGCUGCUAAUCCUGCAUCCCCGCCUAGCAGGCGAGAUCUGAAAUCGUGGUGGAAGGCUUUCCAAACUCGGUCAAGGCACCAAGAAUCCCAAGCUACCAGUCUUCCAUCCCAACCCCCUAACUGUCGGUAUUGGUAUAAUAUAUGCUAUAUGGCCCUACGCAUAUGUCGAGGAAGUCGGAAUGAGUCCCAACCCAAGGGUAUAUUUGGUGUUCCUCUACGACAAAGCAUCACAUACGCGAACGUCGCCAUUUCACUUGUCGAUGAAGACGGUCAAAGCUACAUAUAUGGAUAUGUACCAAUUGUAGUGGCUAAAUGUGGUGUUUUUCUGAAAGAGAAAGCUACGAGCGUCGAGGGAAUUUUCCGCCUCAGCGGCUCUGAGAAGCGCAUUAAGGAGCUAAAGAUACAGUUCGACUCACCCGAUCGAUACGGCAAAGGUCUCGUGUGGGAUGGGUAUACGGUUCACGAUGCUGCUAACGUCCUUCGACGGUAUUUGAAUGACCUACCUGAACCUGUAGUUCCGCUAGAUCUAUACGAACUAUUUCGAGAUCCCUUGCGCGGACACACAAAGCAAGCUGUCGGUGACACCGAGGGCACCCAACUUGUCGAGGAUUUCGACGAAGCUGAAGCUAUAGAAAAGUACCAACAGCUUAUUAAGGAACUACCCCCUCUUAACCGACAGCUGCUCUUGUAUAUUCUGGAUCUGCUCGCGGUAUUUGCCGCCAAGGCCGAUGAGAAUCGGAUGACAGCUCAAAAUCUAGCUGCCAUCUUUCAACCUGGAAUGCUUUCGCAUCCGCAACAUGCCAUGGCGCCAGAGGAGUACCGACUUAACCAAUGUGUUAUUAUAUUCUUAAUUGAAAAUCAGGAUCACUUCUUAAUCGGUAUGCAAGGCACCGGUACGGAUGAGAGGACUAAACGAGAAAUUGAAAAAGGCCCACCGACGGUUGUAACACCCGCAACGCCAAACCGCAAUACUGGCGUUGUAAGAUCUGCUUCCAAUGCUAGCGCUGGCGCUGAGAGCGUUAGUAGGGAUGGUAAGAUUAGGCGGAAUCGUUCUACAUCGUCGCGGCACUCGAUUCACUCCAACGGUGCUUCUACGCCCGGUAGCCCUGCUCUGACGCCGAAUGGUGGGCUCGGAAGAAGUAAUACAGUUCCGUCUAAGAAGUCGCCUCAUAUUCCUUCCGGAAAAUUCCAGCCUCGGCAGAGCUCACCUAGCGUCUCGGUAGCUCCAGCUUCGCCCUCGCCCGCAGAUUCUAACAUAGGCGCUCCGCCGACUGUAGCUGAAGAAGCGUCAACCGUAGCCGAACAGUCUCCUACGACAUCGCAGCACCUAACUCCGAUGGCGGCAGAGUCGCAUUCCGCUGCAAGAAGCCAAGAAAGAUUAUUAGGUCCUCCUGCCGAUAUUAUAACUCCUUUAAGGGAGAGGAACCUCCAGGGUCUUUUCCAACGAUCCCAGGCCGCGGAAGGUGAAAAGCGCCAGCCCAAUAAGCUGCGCAAAAAGCGAUUACCUAGUAGUACCAACCCCAGUGCCCAGAGUUCGACCGCCUCACUUCCUCAUUCGGAGGCAGUUUCUCCGAUUCAUGAAUCUUCGAACCCGAUAGAACAGAAAGUUCCCCAUCCAGGUCCUACUAACACAGAGAAUAGUACCUCUAUAGAGACGCCAUCGGAGCCUACGCCGCGAGCGUCUCAGGUGCCAUCUGCGAGCACCGUACAUGGCGAUUCAGAGAAUGGUAAUACGCUCAAGGCAAAGACCUCACCGUCAACAUCCCUACAUUCGUCAUUCAACGACGGGUCUGAUGUAGACCAGGCAGAGGGUUGUGCGCCUGUCUCUUCGCCGGAUGCAGCCGAAAAAGAAAAGAAACAUCGAUGGCGUAUAUCUCGACGAAAGGAGGACUUCUCUAGCGAACAUGGUCAUAACCUGGGUUACAAUUCCCAUGCCGAGUUGAGCACCUCUUCUAUUGGGAGUGGGCAAAGGCCACGGAAGAGUUGGACGGGCGAAUCCUCAGAUGUGGCGGCAACACUAGCGGAAAGUGAAGCCGGAAGUAGAGAGAAAGAAGACUCGAAGGGUCCCAUCGGAUGGAUUAAGAACAAGUAUCGGGAAGCGAAAGAAAACGUGGAGGUUAAGCGCACGAAGUCCCCUCCGAGAGAUCAGGUACAGGCCUUUUUAGCCUCGGGAAGGAGUGCAGAAACUAUGGGAAGUAUAGACGAAAAAGGGGCGCCCACAGGUCCGGGUCCGGUUCGUGUUGCAACACCUGAGAUGAACUCGGUACGCGAGCCACGUGAACCACACGAAAUCCCGUUGCCGAAUUCUCCGCCGCCUACUCGGACGACGCACGACGAGAAGCCUUCGCACCCCUAGGAGGAAGAGACUUCGGACCAAGAUAGCGGUUUGUUCUGCUGGGGCAUGACGAUCAGGCUGGUAAACCAGACAAGACCAGCCCUUCGUACCGCUCGAACAAGGGGAUCUGGAUUCGAAUAACUAGAAUAACGGUUCUUUUUUUUCUUCGUCUUCAAACUUUUGGUUGCCGGUGGU